AUGAUGAAAUCCACGAGCGCCCUCAAGAAAAAGGGCACAGCAGGAGCCGAUGUCUUUCGACGAAAGGACAAGGAUCGCGAUGCGACAAAGUUCAGUUUCAAAUCGGGUUCGAGUUCGAGCUCUCCUUCUUCCUCAUCCAGAAUUGGUUCACCCAAGGCAUCAGCAGCAGCAGCAGCUUCAACAACAGCAACGCGAAAGCCAAAGCCGGCACACCAUCCCAAGCAAACCAACAUGCCACUCUCCAACAGCCCCAUUACCCUCGAUCUCCAUCGCUUUGCCGAUAGCAACAUGAACCCGGAAGAAUUUGUGCGACGUUCUCUUGCCGACACCAACGAAGAAGGCAUUCGAGCAUUCCAUCGAUCGCUUGUAGAGGCCAAACAUGUGAUUGGAGGCGACCUUCAAAGGAACGUGUAUCGCAACUACACAGAGUUUGUCACCAUUUCCAAAGAAGUAUCCAAUCUGGACGCCGACGUCUUUCGACUCAAGGGAUAUUUGAACGAGCUCAAGAGCAUUUGGGAAGGGUUCGUGGAAGAGGCCAAUCCCUCGGAAGAUAUGAAGCCUAUAGACGCCAUUGGAUUGAAUGAUGCUAUCUUACCACAGAGGAAACACAGCGACAUGAUACCAUCGGAUUUGCAAAGUAUCUUUCGUGCUCAAAUCGCUGCCUUAUGGGAAAAUGUGGAAGGAUCUCAGCGCUUUGUAGCUUAUACCCAGGGACGUCAUAUCGUGAGAGAAUGUGCCAACUUUUUCGACAUCAAUCCAAAGACACUGCAACCACGUCAAGCUGUGCAUAUCUUUUUGUUGAACGAUUGCUUGUUGGUGGCAUCUCGAAAGAAGCGUUCGGCAACUUCAAAAUACAAGCUAGUGGCAGAUCAUUGCUGGAGUCUUGAUGAGGUUACUAUUAUUGAUGUGAAGGAUUCAACAGCCGCUGUCAAUGCCAUCAAGAUUUCGGUUUACCCCAACACCUACAUCUAUCGUUCCGAGCGUCAAGAAGACAAGUAUGCUCUCCUACAUGCAUACCAUCGCACCAUGGAUGAGAACAGUGAUCGUCAGGAUGAUGCUUCCAAUCCAAUCGGCUUUAGGAAUGGCAAGGAUGCUGCAACAGGUGCUGGUGAGAAUCAACGUGCUAGAGAGGGUCAAGAUAGCGACAUUGAACCUGGAGAUCGGAAAUGGUUGGAGGAUUUGCCGGAUGAGCUCGAGGUGGUGAUUGCUCUGCGACAGUUUGAGACAGCUGUUGGCUAUAUUGAGCAAGCCAAAAAGAUGCUUGAUUCAUAUCCUCAGCCUACUCCCUUGUUACGUGCCAGCAAAAGCAGAGUCCAAAAGUAUUCCGAAUCGCUCGCAUCCAUCAUCAGUCAAGAUCUCCAAAACACGCUUCUUACCAAGCUUCAAUUCCAACGCCUUGUCAAUUGGCUCUUGCGGUUGGAUAAGGGUGAUGAGGCACGCGAGGUGUUUUUGAAUACACGUUCACUCAUCAUCAAGAAACGCAUUCGGCAGUUGACAUUUGAAGGUGACAGCACAACGUACAUCAACGAGCUUGCAUUGGUGGUCUUUACUCUUAUUCGUAACACGUGCGAAUGGUAUCGAGAUUCUUUCAAGCAAAACGAGAUGGCUUCAAGAUUCAUUACUUGGGUGCGAGAGCAAACAGAGAUCUAUGCUGAUAUCUAUAAGCGACAAGUCUUCAACCAUAGUCAGCUCAACUGCCAGAUUAUUGCUGAUUGUUUCAAAUCUACGCUUGAUCAAUGCUCCAUUCUGCGCAAAGUGGGUCUCGAUCUCAAAUUCAUGCUCGAGGAUUUCUUUUUGGACAAUGUGCGCGAGACCGUCCUUGCCUAUGAACGACGAUGCGCUGACAAGGCUGAAAAGUUUGCGCGUGGCGACAAUUUCAGCGUUGUAUCGAGUCAAAACUUGGGUGGUGAUGUCCGUGUCACAUCCAGCGUUAUCAGCUUUUACAAUAUGCUGAUCAAGUUUGUCAAUGAUAUAUGUCUCAUCGCUAAAUUGCAGUUAUACGAGACCGUAGUGCGAAGCAUUUCUCGAGUGACAGAACAUUAUCUGCGUACGAUGGUGGAUCAAUCAAAUGGCCAGCGGUCUGUGGCUUCAAUGAAUAUUGGUUUUGUGCUUGACAACGUGGUGCCACGAGUUUCUUCACAAUUGAACCGACAUUUUGAUCGGCCGAUACCCGAGUUGGAUUCCUUGCGGGCAAGGCUUAGAGGACUCGCCAAUUGA